AUGGCCUCAGCCCCGAGAGAUGCAGUGCCGGCAAGUACGGCAGCAUAUCCAAAGUCCUGGCCCGUCUGGUGGCGUGUUUGCAUGCUGGCAUCUCUCAGCUGGUUCGUCAUGAUGGGUCAAGUAAUGAGCGCCUCGGUGCCGCCCAUGCUAGGCUCAAUUAUACAAGACUUUCACGUCAGCCCGACUGAAGCAUCUCGGCUGGCCUGCUGGGCUAUUCUCGCACUUGGCUUUGGUAAUGUCUGGGCGGUGCCCAUGGUCGCGCAUAUCGGUGUCAGGUACACCAUGAUAUUGGGGCUUACAGUCUUCACUGUCUGCUUUUUCUGGCAGGCCGCGGCGCAAACGUACGGUUCCCUGAUCGCCGCCCGGGUGGUCGGCGGCCUGGGAGGCGGCGUCGUCGAGUCGAUGGGCCCCAUGAUCGUCGUCAUGUUGUUUCCGCAAGAAUACAUCGGCCGCGCAAUGAGCGUCUACACCUUGGCGCUCGGCGCCGGCACUGUCUUUGGGCCUCUUUUCGCUGGCUACAUGAUCGAGGGGUUCGGAAGUUGGCGAUAUCCGCAAUACCUUUUCGGCGCCAUGUCGGUCCUGAAUCUGGUCAGCAGCCUCGUCAUGUUUCCAGAACCCCUCGCCAACAUUCGCAUCAUCGGCGAGCCUCCACUUCCAGCCGUGUCAAGUGCCAGGUCCCAGAGCCACGAACUAGAGCUUGUCGGCUCCAAAGACGCCAUGACAAGCCAGGAGCAGGAGUUCGGUCCCAACAUUGUGCCCGCCGAGGAGUACCCCCCGACCUCCUGGACCAUUAUUUGGUCACGGCGGUCGUUCUUCUCCCGUUUUGUAUAUCGCCACCCACCUCCAGGCUGGUUGGUAACGCUGUUCACGCCCUACCGCCUCUUGGCUACGCCUGCUGUUCUGAUCACCGUCCUGAUCUUUGGUGUUUCCAUUUCAUCUAACAUUGCCGUAUCCACUCUCGUCUCCCUAACAUUCUCAUUGCCUCCGCUAUUAUGGUCUACCGGCCUCGUUGGAUUGUUCAACACCAGCGUCCUUGUAGGACUCUGCGCCGGCAUUCCCAUCGGUGGCUUGAUGGCUGACAAGUUGGUCUCUCGGUUCAGCAGACGCAACGGCUACCACAAGCCCGAAGCGUCCCUGCCGCUUCUAGUACCACUAGCUAUUUCGACGCCGAUCUCCAUCGCUUUAGUCGGCUAUGGACUCGCCAAACAGUGGCAUUGGGCCACCAUUGGUGUGCUCUGGGCCCUUAUCAACGUCAACCUUACAGGUGGCUGCACGAUUCUCAUCUCGUACGCGACUAACAUCUACCCGGAAAAGGCCAUCGAUAUCGGUGUGGUUGUCAAUGUCCUCAAGAAUGCCAUCGGCGCUGGUAUCUCCCUCGGUCUUGUCGAUUGGUGGCUCAAAUCUGGGUGGCACGUGUUCCUUGCACUUGCUCUCAUUGAGGUUGCCAUCUUUCUCUCUGUAGUACCAAUGUGGUUCUAUGGCGCCAAGAUCACAGGCGUAACAAGGUCAUAG